AAAGCAGAAUUGCACUACAAUCGAAAUCAAGCAAGAAAAAUCUCCGCUAGCUAAACUUCGAAAUCCGUUACGAAAAUUGAUGCACAGAGGGCAAGCCAAAAAAUCUGGUGGUGCUUACGAGAAGCGACUAUCUCUGGAAAUCAAAGCAGCAAAGACAGUCGCUAUUGUCACUGGUUGCUUUAUAUUCUGUUGGUUGGGAUUCUCGCUGCUGUAUGGUUUGGAACUACAAACAAACGAUGUCAUAUGGUCCGUACUAUUCUGGCUGGGAUACCUAAACUCAGCUUUGAACCCAGUGAUCUACACUGUAUUCAAUCGAGAAUUCCGCACAUGCUUCAAGCGAUUACUUACUUGCCAUCAUCUCAACCAUCCAAACACAAAUAAGUAUGCGACAAACUCGUGCAAUUCGAAUAUCCGCCCUGGGGUCACGAAAAACUACCGUGCAGCUUCCUCUCCUCAUAUGAACAUCCCAGUUGGAACCGCCAAAAAGCCCUCAUUUAGCAAAUAGAGACACCCUAUGAUCUGAUAUUUCAACCGGUACAGCUGCCAAGUUAUCUCAAUAAC